AUGACAGGAGGAGGUCGCUCGGAAUCUGUUGAUCUCGUCCUGUCCAUACUUCAGAGAGUCCUUUCGGCCUCGGUCACUGUGGACCAGGAAAUUGUCUCCAAAAUCGGCCAAGGCGUGCUUGUCUUCGCAGCCGUGGCACCUGGAGACACCGAGAAGGAGGCGGAGUCAUUAGCUGCCAAGGUGCUCAAGUUGAAGCUGUGGGAUGAUGAGUCCGGGGCCCGCUGGAAAAGAAAUGUCCAAGACAUCUGCGGUGAAGUUUUAUGUGUUUCUCAGUUCACACUCCUUGCGUCGACGAAAAAAGGCAGCAAACCCGACUUUCACGGGGCAAUGGGGGGAAAGGAGGCGAAGAGACUUUACGAUCACUUCUACAGCAAAGUACAAGCGGGUUAUGCGGCAGACAAGGUCAGGAAUGGUGUAUUUCAGGCCACGAUGCAAGUUGCAUUGGUCAACGACGGUCCGGUAUGA